AGCCGCUGUUAGCGCGGCGACGUGCUUUACGGCAUUACGAAGAACUUACGUAAAAAAUAUUGCGCGAGUUUUAUUUUUGAAACAAUUAUUUAAACUUUAUUGGAACUGCACGUGUAUGGAUUGAGUGUAUAUUGUGAACCAAAAUGGAUUUGUCUUGUGGCGAGAAUCUGCCUAAUUCUGGCAAUCGCAGCGGGGGCAGCGGAAGAGCCGUAGACAUGUGCGUCGCCGGCCCCGACCGGGCCUUGGACCGCGACCCUCGGCUCAUGCUGAACCUCCUUACACUGGAGCGAGCACAUGCCUUGCACACAGAUUACUUCCAAACCGUACAGAUUGAUAUACAGCCGUUCAUGAGAAAAGUUGUCACAACAUGGAUGUUAGAGGUGUGCGAGGAACAACAAUGCGAAGAGCAGGUGUUUCCACUAGCGGUGAGCUACAUGGACCGGUUCCUGUCGCAUCGCGCCAUCUCGCGGCAGCAGCUGCAACUGCUCGCUGUCACCGCGUUGCUCCUGGCUUCCAAGUUCAGGCAGUGUCACCCGCUUUCCGUUGAUCUGCUCUGUGCUUACACGGACAACUCCGUUUAUCCUAAUGAAGUCAGGCAAUGGGAGGUGAUGCUGCUGCAGAGAUUGAACUGGCAGCUGUCUAUCGCGACAGCCUUCGACUUCGUGGACCCAUUCCUAGCGAGGCUGUCGUGGGGCAGAGACAACGCCCUGGUCCGGACUCACGCACUUACCCUCACCUCGGUCUGCUAUACUGAAACGGAGUUUCUUUUGGUGCCACCAUCUCUGAUCGCUGCCGCCUGCAUAACAGCUGCGGCGCGGGGGCUGCGCGUGCGUAUGUCAGUGAACGAACUGUGUGCGAUGACGCGCGCGCCUGCCGCCGCCGCUGAACUGGUCGCUAGGCACGUGGAGCGAGUCCUUGCACGAGAGACCCAGCCUCAGGAACCCAGGACGAGACAUCUCCAGCCCAUCAAAGUAACAACGCCGGAACAAACACAAUUACCCGACACACCUACAGAUGUACAAGAUGUGCACUUCUGAUUUGGUCUGCUAUUGCUGGUUUUUGUGGUUAUUAGCACUCUGUAGUUCAUUACCAACUCGCUCAAAUACAUCAAUUUAUGCUUGUGAGCAUACCUUUCUUCACACAAUAACUCUCCGCUGGUGCAUUGAACUAAAGUGAAUCUUUGCCUUUCGACACAAGAGAAUUCCAAUGCCUUAUUCAAUUUUUUACAUCGUUGAUUCGUUUUGUGAUUUGUAUAU